CACUUGAUUGGUCAUGCCAUGAAGGCAUAACCUUAGCGGUUUAAAUGUAAUACAGCUUAAAGCGUGUACAAACAGAAAGUAAAAACACUGGAAAAUGGAGGUGUUUAUGGUUGUGUUUGCAAUUUUCAUAUUAUGUGCUCGACCAAUUUUGGGCUUUGAAAAAAAUAAUACAUUGGACAAAACUACGCCAGGCUUGACAAGUUAUACGUACGUGUAUCCAAACCGGGACAGUGUGGUCACACUGUCAAGAAACUGUACUGUGAAACCUGUGUCCGAAAUGGUGAGACAUGACAUCAAGGAACUUCUAGAUGCUGGAACCAAACUCAUAAUAUUUAAUCUUAACUUUCAAAACCAUUCCGGAGAGUUGCCAGGGGAAGACGAGUCUGACAUUUACAAACCGUUUCUUUGGGAGAGGAGCACUGGUCGGCAUGGUCAAGGGAUUUUGUUUUUAAAGACGGGUUUCGAAAUACUAUCACUUUCCACGCUAACAUAUGGCACCGAAAAAAUGAAGGUAGAGUUGAUGGAGGAACCAAAUGGAUGUCUACUGAAUAGAACUAUAUGGGAAAUAGAGAACGGCCUGAGACAUAUCUUAUUGAACGAUUUUAAAGAAAUUUCCCCCGAUGGAAGGGGCGGAAGUUUGGGUGAUAAUGAACACAUAUGUAACAUGCACAUUAAAAACGACGAGCAGCGCGCCGUGUUUUAUCAUAUUUGUUGCAGAAAAAAUUCAAAAGGGGAAACGGAUUGUCAGGAAUUGGUAAAAGAUUUUUGGGUUCAAAUGUUAUUUUACUGUAUCUACUUCUUGAAUCUAAUUGUGAUUAUGUUUUGUCCCUAUCUCAUUCCUAAAUCAUGGUACCAGGAUAAGUAUCAAACACUGAAAUUUGAAUUCGAUUGCAAAACCCAAAUUGAGGUUCGUGUAAAAAAAACUUACCUAAAAACUGGCAGACCCAUUGCAGGAAAUGUUGUGAAUAUUGACCUCUUGUCUUCGAUGAAUUCGUUCAUGAAACAAUUAGGAAAAAUGGAUGACGGUGUCGUUUAUCCUAUGCGUCUUUCCAAGAUUCAUUUAGAUGUCAAGCGUGAACGUCUCAUACCUCCUAACGAUGUCCCUGUUGGAAUUAUUAGAUCCAUUUACGAUGCUUUCUUCCGCUGUCAGAUCCGAGAAAAAAAUUGUUUAAAAACAUGUUGUCAUCGCAGCAUCUUUGAGCCUUUUCGAGGAUCUUCGCUGAGAGUUACACACAUAAAGUGGUACCGCUGCCUCCAAAAACUAAUGCUUAUUGUUUCCUUUGCUUUGGCCAUCGUCCCGUGGAUCAUUAGAAUCGCCAUCUUUUACCGGUACGAGGACAACGAGCAUGAUGAUAGGGAUAAGGCAGCACGUGACAGGAAGUUAGACAUCCACUAUGCAUACUUCCCUGGAAGCUUGACUAGUUUUCUCACGCCUGUUCACAUCGUCUUUUUAUUUUGUUAUGCUGUGUUGGCUUUGGAUGCUGUUUUGUUCGGAAUUUUAGAAAUGUUCACAUCAGAAAUUAAAAGAAACUUAGAAUUGGUUCUUCGAAAAUGUUUCCGGGACAUGCACGAAUCUUCUUACUCGAAAUCAGUGGGAUGGGCAGUAAGAACCAUGCUUUAUCCUUUGAAAGAAUAUGGAGUCCUUGGUCUAGUAGUUGUUGGCAUUUACUGGCUUUUUGUUCUGCCGGUCAUUGCCCUAGUCUUGGCCUUUUACUGCAUUCCGACCCUCAAUAUUGCUAUUCGCUUACUGUGCCAUUUAUUUAUUGUUAUUUUCCCCGAAUUUAAAUUUGUUACGACACUAAAAGAGAAGAUAGGUGUCGUGGGUCUCCUGCGUAAAGAAACUGUAGCGCGACUGCCGGUGAAAUCAACACAUUGGUUCCGAUUUGUUCAGUUCAUCGUUAUUCUGUUAAGUCUCUUAGCUCUGCUUUCCUGUGUUCUUUUGGUGGUAGAAGUGAUAGUUUUCUUUGUUGAAAUCGUUGUUUACACAUUAAUAGGCAUCAUUCUGAAUGCUUCACAAACUCUGAAGCACGUCUCGUUACUUUUUAUGCUAACGCUUUACGCUCGAGACUGUUUUGGCGGCGUUACCAAAAAAUACCAAGCUUUCAAUGAAGCCAUCAACAAAGCGCUUCUGGCAAAAGUGAAGGAAGAUGUGGACAAGGUAGCUUGGCAGACAGCUGAUGUACAGCCAAACACUGCUUUCCAAGUCAGUGUUGACGAUCAUGGUGACAAACCGACGUCAAUAAACCCAAUUCUCUGUGUCUCAAAUGGCGUCCUAAAAUGGACGAUUCCCCGACUUCUGCUGUUUCUUGACAACCAAGACAAGCCAUACAUAACUCGCACUUUCUUCUUCAAGGCUGCCUACAUGGAUCACGUGGGAUGUCCCGGAUCUUUGUACAAGAACUUGAUCCGAGCAAUGCGUCAAUUUGUGACCAUUAUUCUGUUUCUCCUUUUUGUUGUCGUGGUCGUCAUGGCGUUUGGAAACGAGUACUCUGUGUCUGGGGUCAACCAAAUGUUAGCCACGCUCGCUGGUGGGUUUUUGCCGUGGAUCUUCCGAAACGUUCUUUUCAAGCCUCCUGCUGACAUAGAAAUUGACACGAGUAGUCUUAGUUUUCAAAACAUGUUUAAUAACGUCAUCAGACACCACAAACAGAACUGGCCAGUGGCUGACUUGGUUGCUGAUAACUUACAGCUCGAGAGAAAUGAGGAAACUUAUCCGAAGAGAUUUUCUCCGCAGAUUGACCCUGGCAGUGUUUCUAUGCUCAAUGGAGACAUUGAUGGUGAUAACUUACAGCUGGAGAGCGACGAUUUUGAGAGAAAUGAGGAAACUUAUCCGAAAAGAUUUUCUCCGCAGAUGGACCCGGACAGUGUUUCUAUGCUCAAUGGAGACGUAGUCGACGAGAAUAAGAUAAAUGUAUUGAUCAUCAACAUGUCAAACAGGACAAGGCUUGAAAAUGAAAAAAUGGAUGUGUAAUCUGGGAUAUUCUUAAUUCUUAAUACUAUAGUAUAUAAGGAGAGAUUUUGAGAAACAAUAAUCCUCUAGAAUUCCUAUAGGGUGUUGAUGUUAAUAAUUGCCAUUUUUGUCAGUCAACAGUCAGAAUAUAUUGAUCUCCCUGCUUUGUGGUGCGUUCUUGUUGAUAUGGUAGACAUGCACUGGUGAAGUGUACUUAUUUCCAAUCCUAUUAUGUACUUAUUUGCAUAAUAAAAUAUUUGUUAAAUAUGUAGUGUACUUGUACUUUGUUACUGUGUGGGUUUUUUGGUAAUUUUUUUUUUUUUUACAUUUAUCUAUAUGUACAUCGAUCUGUUCUUAUUUUUUCGAUUUCUUUCACUGUAUUUUUAUUUGUGACUGAAAGCCAAAAUAUCAAUCAAAUCAUUAACAUCAUUAUUCAACAUAUUUCAUCUUUUUUGUGGGGGUCCGUUUUGUGAACGAUGAUCUUUUUUAUAUAUACAUGUAUAAUUAUGUUUUGAUAAACACUUUGUAUAUGUACAAGUACGUUGUUUUGUUUAACUCGUUGCACGUAUACACUAACUUUUAAGUAUUUCAUAUGUUCUUAUUUAACGUUCAUGGAAUAUGUCAAAAGAAUUUAUUGUACAUAAAUCUUUUUUUUUUUACAUAAAGCAUAAAAAAUGAAUUUUGUUUCAUAAUUU